AUGUCACUUGUUCAUGAUUCUGCGAUAGUCCAUUCAAAAUGCCAUGGCAAGAGCAAAAAAGAGUCAGAGCAUGUCACGAUCCGUGAGCUAUCCAGCAAAAAUGCUUCUCUUCUGAGGUCGAUAUCCGUUCCCUCGCUGUCCUCGAUUGUUAAGAAUUCGCUCUACUGGGCUGGUGACACCUUCCAUUCCUAUCGCGAUGGAUUGUCCAAGGAAGAAAGGAAAAGCCAGAUGAGGAUCGAGGAUAACAAACAAAUCCUGUAUCUCAGGAUGCGUAAUGCAGUCUCGUACGACGAAUGGCGGAACUGCGCUUGCGAAUUGGAUAGCUUGGAGGACAAUAAUACUUGGAAACAGACAUUUGAGAGCUCUGAUUACGACCCGCACCUCGUACAAGAGAGUCUCAGACAGCUGGAAGAUGCCCGGAUCAAUUGCGACAUGAGGCGAAUGCUGUUUCUGAUUCGUACCUCUUUGAGCCGUGAUUUAGGCAACAUGAGCAAUGUCGCGCUUUACAGACACUCUCAUUUCGGCACAAAGGAUCUGAUUGAUAGAUAUAUUACGACUGCUCUGGAUACAAUAUCAACUUUGGUGGAUUUGUCCGGUAAAGUUCGUUGCGAUGGAUUGGAGUUGAAAUAUAUUCUCGAUCAACUUUUAGCGGCACGACAGGCAUUUGGCAGAAGUGCUCUGCUAUUCUCUGGAGGAGCCACUUUUGGAAUGAAUCAUAUUGGUGUUCUCAAGGCUCUCUGGCAAUCGAAACUACUCCCACGUAUCAUCUCGGGUGCUUCUGCAGGCAGCAUCGUUUGCGCGGUCUUCUGCACUCGCACGGAGGACGAAAUUCCAGCCCUGCUGGAUGCAUUUCCGCAAGGGAAUUUUGCAGUUUUCAAUGAAGAGGGUCACGAAGAAAACAUUUUACAGAAGACUGCGAGGUUAUUGAAAUAUGGAUCUUUUCUGGACAUUUCCCAUCUGGCAAAAGUCAUCAGAAGUUGGCUGGGAGAUAUCACGUUUCAAGAAGCUUAUAAUAGAACACGGAGGAUUCUCAACAUCUGUGUUUCUAGUGCCGGUAUAUAUGAGCUUCCCAGACUGUUGAAUUACAUUACUGCACCUAAUGUGCUCAUCUGGUCUGCUGUGGCUGUUUCUUGCUCUGUACCACUUGUGUUCUCGCCUUUUGUUAUUAUGGCUAAGGAUCCCUUGACAGGGCAGCCUGUACCUUGGAGUGACCUUCAUCGACAAUACAUUGACGGCUCGGUCGAUGGUGAUUUGCCCAUGACUCGCUUGUCUGAAAUGUUCAACGUCAAUCAUUUUAUCGUUUCCCAAGUCAACCCCCAUGUAGUCCCUUUCCUUCCAAAGGAUGACGGACCAAGUGACGGGACAGAAUCAUCCCAGGCACCGGGCUGGCUUCAUACCGUGACGCAUCUUGCCAAGGAAGAAGUGCUUCACCGGAUGACAGUCCUGUCAGAGCUGGGAGUAUUUCCAACUUCGUUGACCAAAGUCGUCUCUAUCGUGAAUCAGAAGUACUCCGGAGACAUCAACAUCUACCCGGAAAUACUCUACACCAACUUCCCUCUGAUGCUUAAGAAUCCAACGACGGAUUUUAUGCUCAAGGCUUGCCUCAGCGGGGAGCGCGCAACAUGGCCCAGGCUUGGCCGGAUCAGAAAUCACUGCGCCAUCGAGCUGGCUUUAGAUUCAGCUAUCCAAAAAAUGCGGGCAAGAGUCGCUUUCAGCCCCAGCCAAAUAGAGUUGAGACUCAAUAACUUGAACUACAACUCCAUUGAUUCUUUUGAUAGCACUGGGGGCCGAGGGCGAAUGAUUAAUCGAAGAAGGAACUCUUUUAGCCACGAGUGUGAGAAGAGAAGGCAUAUCAGACGAAAUUCAGGACGGUUCUCGAUAGCACAGAUCAGAAAGUCCCGCAGUGUAUUAUCCUUUGAACAGCCACAAACUUCAGAAUCCAGCGAUACCCCAGGCCCCGAGAUGACCAAACCCCGAUUUGAGAGCCACCCGAGUUACAUUCCAAAUACUGGUGAUGGGCCUUUUAAUGCAGAAAUUGAUAGUACCGAGGAGAGGGAAUAUUCAUUUCCCAGACGACCGGCACCCCCAAGACAUCGAGCUUCAUGGGGCCCUUCAUCUUAUGACCACCCGUCUGCUUGGCCUGGCCAGCAUAGCCCAGUACGAUCCCGGCAGUCCUCUUCCGCCUAUUCACAACGAUCCUCUUCUAUUGGAACUAUCCUUUGGCAGCCGAACCAUGAAUUCUCAAGUCCUCGAGGAUAUCCAGUACCUGACAAGGCCAUGUCACCUCCGCAGAAUGUUCUCAGCAUGACGCCUACGGUCAACAGCAGCUUUUCCAAUCUGACAUCUUCUCAAACCUGA